AUGUCUUCGCAAGCCUCGAAACCUCAAUUCAAGAUUGUGGUUGAAUUGUCUGAACACCAUCUCGAUGUUGCAGAGGCUAUCCAGACGCAUCCCGAUCUCAUCAGGGAGGCGUUAAUUCAAACUCUCAUCUUAGUCCCUCUCGACGAUUCCCAUUUCGCUCGUAUUCAAGUCCAAGAGAACUUCCGACGCUCACUCACUGCCGAAAGAGAUCUCACACCGUAUCGACUAAUAUCAUCGGUCAAAGCCUGCCAGGAGGGAACAAUUGAGGAAGAGUCUUGGGAGAAGCGCUUUUAUAAUCACGGCGGAACCAAGGCGUUGUCCGGCUUUGCUGCCGCUGUGGCCGAUGAUAAAAGUGUUGUCUCACGCCUUGAGAAAUUGUCCGAGGAUGAUUUAGACGGCCUCCUCAACUCCAUCAACAAAAUCCAAAGACAUCGUGAUCUGUGUUACCUCACAGAUAGAAUCGGCAGGCGGAAGCAACAGGGAGCACAAUCCAAGCGAUCAAUUUUACCCCGCCCUCGUCGGCGUGCCAAAAAACCGACACAUCCUCCAGCGACAUUGUCGAACUCGGGUACCAACCUCUCUCAGACUCCAGAGAGUAGGGCUCAGUGCGAAGUUAACUAUUUGGAUGAGAAUUCACCCAAUGUCCACAACUUCCUUGAGAAAAGCGCGAGCGAACAGCUACACCUGGGAUCUCAAACUAACACCAUGCCGAUUGAGGUAGAUGAGAUGAUGAGUAGCGCCAACGACAACCUGAGUCAAUUCAUCGUACCACAUUGCUACGGAUCGUUCGAAGUAGAUGACCUGAGCCAAUUCACGAUACCACACCUCUUCGGCUAUGAUCCAGGAACUGAACCAUGA